CGUGACAAUGGCUUGCUUACAUCAUAGCCUGGUGACACCCUCUCGUACCUGAUGGGCGCCAUCGCUACCAUCGCGAGUUUGAGUCGGAUCACGCUCCGGUAAUUCCGCCAGCGGGUGAUGAGCUUUGUCAGAGAGUCAUCAGCCCGGAACAGGAGGGGAGGUAAGGGACAACAGCGUACAUGUACAAGAAACCGCGCAAAGCAGGUCAAAGAGGGGGUGGUAUAAAGAAACUGUGUGAGCAUUGGGAGAUUUCGGUUGUCACCCCCAUUGGCAGCUUAUCACCGGCGAGUUGACCCGUGCGACUUAUCGGAUUUCGAACGCCAAAGAGCCCGAGAAGAAAUCCUCCUUUCGGAUCAUCAUCACAUAUAACUAACACGCCGGCACCGAAGCGUUUCCUGACGCAGUCACUUGCACUAGAAGUUCUCGCGCACAAACCGAUCUUUCACCACACAAGGCAGCCCAAAGAAAUGGCUUCUCGAAUGCGCCUCCAGCCGGUGCCGCCGGAGCAACUGACCCCGGACCAGCGAGCGCUGUACGACGACGUGGUGGAGAACAUCGUGCGGACGCUGGACGACCAGAAGUCGUUCAUCACGCGGGACGAGGCCGGCGCGCUCCUGGGGCCGUGGAAUGCGUGGAUCCACGAGCCCGUCGUGGGCAGCGCCAUGUGGCACCUCAGCAAGGUCGCGUUCCGGGCCGCCAAGCUGCCCGAGACGCUGCGCCAGGUCGCCAUCCUGACCGUCGGGGCACACUACCGCGCCGCCUACGAGGUGUACGCCCACUCGGGCCUGUCGAGGCACUACUUCGCCGAGGAGCAGGUCGGCGCGCUGGCCCGCGGCGAGGCGCCCCCGGACCUGUCCCCGGACGAGAUGCUGGUGUACAGGAUCUCCAAGGCCCUGGUGGCGGGCGGACCCCUGCCGGAUGAUCUGUACGCCCAGGGUGUCCAGGUGCUGGGCCAGAGCAUGCUGACCGAGCUGAUCUUCCUGGUCUCGCUGUAUGCUUUGGUGUCGGUCAACCUCAACGGGUUCAAUGUCCCCGUGCCGACGGAAGGGUCGUAGAUUCAUGGAAGCCAGUCAGCAUGUGAUGGAUUAGAAGGCCGCUGUUGCCGGGUUUAAUAGAUAUAACUAUGCUGUUGCAAUUUCCUAACCGUCUGACGACCUUUGUGGCUUAAGUGUGUAGAGAAGCCUGUGCCUGAUGAUGGUUGUCUCGAUCGAUUGGGUUCUGAACCUGUUCUUUGAGCUUGGCGAGUCUGUGCAUCCACUCCCCGGAAAUAGAACCAGCAAGCCUUGCGCCAAAUGUCCAUAUUCUCCUGGUGUUUGAUCUUCUCAAAGGUGUUUGUAAAAAGGGUUACAUAAACUCCUGUAUGAUAAGCCUGAUCCCGUAUCUCUUCAUC